AUGGCCAACCCAGAGGAUUUCUUUUGGGAGGCCCUCCUCAAGGAGAACGAAGCACCAUCCCCAUCACCUGUCUUCUUUGAACUCCCCCCAACACCCCUCGCCAACAGUGAUGGCAGUACAGAUCCCUCGUCAUUGUUGGACAACCAACUUCUCUCCUACGUCACUAGUAUGCUCAUGGAGGAUGAGAUGGGUUCUUCUGCUGCUGUCACCAACUUGCAGUGUGUCAACAGGGGCAGCACAGAGGAGGCCAACAAUAUGUUGCCGGGCAGUGAAGUGGUUAGGGCGUUCUUGAAGGGCAUGGAAGAGGCCAGCAAGUUGCUGCCUAGAAACAACAGCUUCAGAAUGCUGGAGACGGUGGAUCAAGUAUCAAGUCAUGGUCAUUGUAGGGGAGGAAAGAAGAAAAACCAUGACAGGGAUGAGCAGCAGCUGGAGGAGGAACUGGGGAGGAGCAGUAAAUUAGCUGCCAUGACGAAUGCAGGGACGGAGGAGGCUGGUGCUCGCGAGUUGCUGGACGAACUGAUGCUGCACUCGCACGAGACAUGCAUCAAAGACAUGGAGAAGCUGCGCAUCGACAUGGACAAUGAGGCAGAUAAGACCAUCAAAAAGAAGGGCAAGAAAGGCAGUAGUAGCAAGGUGGUGGACUUACGGAUGCUGCUGAUCCAGUGUGCACAGGCCAUGGCGACAGACAACCAGCAAUCUGCAGGCGAGCUGCUGAAGAAGAUCAAGCAGCACGCUUUGGCAACAGGCGACGCCAUGCAGCGAGUGGCUCACUACUUCGCCAAGGGGCUUGAGGCACGGCUAGCUGGCAGCGGGAAGCAUCUGUAUCAGAAUCAUGUGCGCAUGUCGUUGGUGGAGUACCUCAAGGUGUACAAGCUCUACAUGGCAGCCUGCUGCUUCAAGAAGGUGGCGCUCAUGUUUGCUGCCAUGACAAUCAUGCAAGCUGUGCAAGGGAAGAAGAGGCUGCACAUAGUUGAUUAUGGCAUACGCUGUGGGCUGCACUGGCCAGACCUGUUCCGCCGGCUGGGGAGCAGGGAAGACGGGCCGCCAGAGGUGAGGAUCACCAUCGUUGACAUCCCCCAGCCUGGGUUUCGUCCAUUUCAGCGUAUUGAGGCGGCAGGGCAUUGCCUGAGCAGCUGUGCCAAUGAGUUCCGCGUGCCAUUCAGAUUCCAAGCUGUUGUAGCAGCAAAGUGGGAGACGGUUGGUGCCGAGGACCUGCACAUCGAGCCUGAUGAGGUGCUUGUGGUGAAUGACCUCUGGAGUUUCAGUGCUCUGAUGGACGAGAGUAUCUUCUGCGAUGGGCCAAACCCCAGGGAUGUUGCCCUCCGUAACAUCAGCAAGAUGCAGCCAGACGUGUUCAUCCAAGGCAUCAUCAAUGGUGGCUAUGGUGCCUCCUUCCUGUCACGCUUUCGUGGAGCGCUCUUGUAUUACUCGGCUCUGUUUGACAUGCUGGACGCCACCACCCCAAGGGAGAGUGGGCUGCGGCUGGCGCUGGAGCAGAACGUUCUGGGGCCUUAUGCCCUCAACGCCAUCGCCUGUGAGGGUGCAGACCUGGUGGAGCGCCCUGAGAAGUACAGACAGUGGCAGGCCAGGAACCACCGUGCAGGCAUGCAGCAGCUGAAACUGAGACCAGAUAUCGUUGAUACAAUCAGGGAAGAGGUGAACAAGUACCACCAUAAGGACUUUCUGCUGGGAGAGGACGGGCAGUGGCUGCUGCAGGGAUGGAUGGGGCGAGUCCUCUUUGCUCACUCCGCAUGGGUGCCACAACAACAAGACAAUUCCUCCGGAUGACUGUUUGGUUUUUUUUUUCUUUUCUUCUUU